CUAGCGCCAGCCGCCAGCGCCCGGCCCCGCCCGCCGCCUGAGCCCCGCCCCGGUCCGGACCACCUCUCCGCCCGGGGGCGGGGGCCGAGCGCUCCGGGCACUCUCCGGUCUCCACCGCCUCGUCGCAGCGGAGGUUCCCGGAGCCGAGCCCCCGGCCGGGUGAGUCCCGGAGGACGAGAGAAGCCGCAGGAACCCUCGGGGCGCCAUGCGAGCCAGGGCCUCUCUCUUCUAGAUGGAAGAUCAGGGCUUGGAGUUCCUCCUCUGACAUCAGGAAGCCAACAUUCCCCACCAGGGCCACCUCGCCCCUUGCCAGCUUCAGAGCUGUCACAGGCCUCCCAGGAUCAGUUGCUGCUCCAAGGAAUAGUUCACUGCCAAGUUGACGUCAUCGUGCAGUGUGAUUGGAUGAGGCAGAAACGUCUGUCCCUGCUGGAAUCGGUGGAGGAGGAGACAUGAGACCCUAACGUCUUACCCACCCAGGGGGUUCAAGAUGGCAGCCCAGCGCAUCCGGGCUGCCAACUCCAGCGGCCUCCCUCGGUGCAAGUCCGAGGGGACUCUGAUUGAGCUGAGCGAGGGAUUUUCAGAGACAAGCUUUAAUGAUGUCAAAGUGCCUUCUCCCAGUGCCUUGCUAGCAGACAACCCCACGCCUUUUGGAAACGCAAAGGAAGUGAUUGCAAUCAAAGACUAUCGCCCUACCAACUUCACCACCUUGAAGUUCUCCAAGGGUGACCACCUGUACGUCUUGGACACAUCGGGCGGGGAGUGGUGGUAUGCUCACAAUACCACAGAGAUGGGCUACAUCCCCUCGUCCUAUGUGCAGCCCUUAAACUACCGGAACUCUACCCUGAGCGACAGCGGCAUGAUUGACAAUCUUCCCGACAGCCCAGACGAGGUCGCCAAGGAGCUAGAUCUGCUCGGGGGCUGGAUGGAUGACCAGAAAGAAUCUGGCAGAAACUACAGUAACAACCCUUUCUGGAAUGGGGUCCAGACAAACCCGUUUCUGAACGGGAACGCACUGCCCAGCAUGGAUGAGCUCAAUCCCAAAAGCACUGUGGAUUUGCUACUUUUCGACACCGGCACGUCCUCGUUCACUGAAUCCAGCUCAGUGACCACCAACAGCACUGGCAACAUCUUUGACCAGCUCCCAGCCACCAACGGACUCCACGUGGAGCAGCUGGUGAAGCGGGACAACCCUUUCUUCAGAAGCAAGCGUUCCUAUAGCCUGUCAGAACUCUCCGUCCUGCAGGCCAAGUCAGAUGCCCCUGCUGCUGCCUCCAGCUUCUUCACAGGAUUGAAGUCACCUGCCCCAGAACAGUUUCAGAGCCGGGAAGAUUUCCGAACCGCCUGGCUGAACCACCGGAAGCUGGCCAGGUCUUGCCAUGACCUCGACCUGCUCGGCCAAAGCCCGGGUUGGGGCCAGACCCAAGCAGUAGAGACAAAUAUCGUGUGCAAACUGGAUAGUUCUGGAGGCUCCGUGCAACUUCCAGACACCAACAUCAGCAUCCACGUGCCCGAGGGCCACAUCGGCCCUGGGGAGACGCAGCAGAUAUCCUUGAAAGCCCUGCUGGACCCCCCGCUGGAACUCAACACAGACAGGUCCAGCAGCAUCAGCCCCAUGGUGGAGGUGAAACUAAGCAACCUGGAGGUCAGCACCUUCCUCAUCUUGGAAAUGAAGGUCUCUGCCGAGGUGAAGAGUGACAUUUUCAGUAAAAGCACAGUAGGCCUGCAGUGCCUGAGGAGCGACGCAAAAGAAGGGCCUUAUGUGCCCAUCCCCCUCGCCUACAGCUCCGGGGACACAGUUCAGGUCCAGCUGGACAGCCUGGAGCCCUGCAUGUACCUGACAAUCGUUGCCCAAGGCCCCAACAUCCUCUACCCUUCCACGGUGUGGGACUUCAUCAAUAAGCGGGUCACCGUGGGUCUCUAUGGUCCCAAACACAUUCACCCAUCCUUUAAGACAGUGGUGACCAUUUUUGGACACGACUGUGCCCCCAAAACCCUCCUGGUCAGCGAAGUGACCCGGCAGGCCCCCAGCCCCGCCCCCGUGGCUCUGCAACUGUGGGGCAAACACCAGUUCAUCUUGUCUAGGCCCCAGGAUCUCAAAGUCUGCAUGUUCUCCAACAUGACCAACUAUGAGGUCAAGGCCAGUGAGCAAGCGAAAGUGGUACGAGGCUUCCAGAUGAAGCUGGGCAAAGUGAGCCGCCUCAUCUUCCCCAUCACCUCUCAGAACCCCAAUGAACUGUCGGACUUCACCCUGAGGGUGCAGGUCAAGGACGACCAGGAUGCCAUCCUCACCCAGUUCUGUGUCCAGACGCCACAGCCACCCCCCAAAAGCGCCGUCAAACCAUCUGGACAGAGGCGGUUCCUUAAGAAGAACGAAGUUGGGAAGAUCAUCCUGUCCCCGUUUGUGGUCACCACGAAGUACCCCACGUUUCAGGACCGCCCCGUGUCUAGUCUCAGGUUCGGCAAGCUGCUCAAGACGGUGGUGCGGCAGAAUAAGAGCCACUACCUCCUGGAAUACAAGAAAGGCGACGUGGUAGCCCUGCUGAGUGAGGAGCGCAUCCGCCUGAAGGGGCAGCUGUGGACCAAGGAGUGGUACAUCGGCUACUACCAGGGCAAGGUGGGCCUGGUGCAUGCCAAGAACGUGCUGGUGGUCGGCAAGGCCCGGCCCAGCCUGUUCUCGGGGCCCGAGCUGAGCACUUCGGUGCUGCUGGAGCAGAUCCUCCGGCCCUGUAAGUUCCUCACCUACAUCUACGCCUCCGUGAGGACCUUGCUCAUGGAGAACAUCAGCAGCUGGCGGGCCUUCGCCGACGCACUGGGCUACGGGAACCUGCCACUUACCUUCUUCUGCAGGGCAGAGCUGGACAGUGAGCCUGAGCGGGUGGCGUCUGUCCUGGAAAAACUGAAGGAAGACUGUAACAACCCCGAGAACAAAGACAGGAAGUCUUUCCAGAAGGAGCUGGUGAUGGCCUUGCUGAAAAUGGACUGUCAGGGCCUGGUGGUCAGACUCAUCCAGGACUUUGUACUCCUGACCACAGCCGUCGAAGUGGCGCAGCGCUGGAGGGAACUGGCUGAGAAGCUGGCCAAGGUCUCCAAGCAACAGAUGGACGCAUAUGAAUCUCCCCACCGCGACAGGAAUGGGGUGGUAGACAGCGAGGCCAUGUGGAAACCUGCCUAUGACUUCUUACUUACCUGGAGCCACCAGAUCGGGGACAGCUACCGGGAUGUCAUCCAGGAGCUGCACAUCGGCCUGGACAAGAUGAAGAACCCCAUCACCAGGCGCUGGAAGCAUCUCACGGGCACCCUGAUCCUGGUGAACUCGCUGGACACCCUGAGAGCAGCCGCCUUCAGCCCUGGGGACCAUGGCGACCUUGUGAUCUGAGUGGGUCGGCUGGCCCAGCCACACCACACAGCUGGAGCCCUCUGACCAUCCAUCUACCCAUGCCAUCAGCAGGUGGAGCAGGGGACAGGCAGAGGUGGACCUGCCAGUCAUGCCCGUGAUGACAGGCAAAUGGCUCUCCGCCCUGCCUCCAUCCGGGGCAGACCUCAGAGGCUUACUACCGCAGGUUGUUGCCAAUCCAGUUGCUCUCGAUUUAUUGAAAUGUACAUUUAAAUUUAAAAAUUGUUUUUUUUAUUUUAACAAAAGACCAGAAAGAGGACAUGGGAGAGGUAGUGUCUAAUUUUUUAAUGGACUAUAAAAGGUUAUUUAAAAAGAAAAUCACCGUAGUAGGGGUAAAUGCUGUUGAGGUUUUUAUGUUGUUUAAAGACCUUUUUAAAUUAUAUUCCAGAUGUAUAUAGUUAUUUAAAGGCCAUGGGUGGUUCUGAGUCCCAGACAUACUUUGGAUUUUGACACUCAGCACCGAAAGGCGCUUGCUUGGAUGGGACUCUUUUCACUCAACUGCCUGUGGGACCGUGUGUCCUGUGGGCAGAAUGGUUGGGGCAGUCACACCCACCAUCCCAAGGCUGCCCCAGGCCCUGCUCUGCCACUCCCUCUACCUGGCUGCUGUCAGCAGCCAUCCACGGGACUUGUGGCUUGUGGCUUGGCAGGCAGGGAAGCCCCACCUGCUGGAUUAAGUGCCAUUGAGACUCAAACAGCAGUUGGAGUUGGGGUUCCCCUGUCACCCCUGCCUGUGUACAGUUGUCACUCAGAACGGUGCCCCUCGAGAGUCAGGUGGGCCCUGCCAAGCUCUGCCUCCUGAAGGCACGAAGGAAGCCUAGGCGCCCAGCCAGAGUCUUCCUAUGGCCACCACAGCCUGGGUGACCUUCCAAGUGAUGUCAUGAGCUGGGAUGCAGCUGUGGUCGCCAAACUCCCCACUUCAUCUAAUAUUUAAUGCUUCUCCUUCCUGGUGCUCCCACAGCUCCUUAGAAAUAAGCAGUACACAGGGAUCAGGUUAUUGUACAGUAUGAAUAUCAGCAUGGGGAACAUUGACCCUAAAUGAUGUUCCCACAUCAAUUCGGGAGAUUUACAGAGGGUUUGUGUUGAAGACCUUCAAGGGUUGUGGAUCAGUGCUCUGUUGACUUCCACAACUCAUGCAGCUGUGGCAUUUGGGGAGGAAUCGGUAGGCAGAACAGAUACCCAGAAGAUCGGCUGUGAGGUAGCCCUGGCAAUGGGUGGGGCCUGGGCUGUCUCAAGGGGUGGUUUUAGAUCCGAGUUUCAGGCUCUGUCCACUUUCCUGAUACACAUUCAUGACUUAGUUUUAACCAGUGUACAAUCCCUUGUUGGGCUGACACGUCAUAUAGCUACUGAUUCAGACAUUGAAGAUCAACAGACUUACAGACACUAGAUAUUUAUGCUGCCAGCGAGAACCAAGUCACACAGAACCCCAGUCGUCACAGAAAUGACCUUCACUCUGUGUCUCCACUCUGCACCUUUGUUUUGCCCAGAGAUCAUCUCUCGCCUUUUUUCCCCAAAGAAACAAAACCAGUUGCACCUUAAACCAUGAAUAUUUUUCCUCAGGGGCUUUGAAUAGUUUCCUAUGCAACAUGUCUUGUAGCACAAAUUAAAUUCUACAAAAGUUGCA